AUGGCUCGUUGCCGUCAUCUGAUUUUUUUAUGUCUGGUGAUAUAUGCAAGAGAAGCACUCACUCAGAAUUCAACAUCCACAAAUUCCCCGAAUGUCACAGUUUUGCCUCCUGGUUGUGGUCAGGAUGUGAAUUGGAUUUUCUUUUCCUUGUGUGAUUUGGAAGCUGUCUGGGGUAUUAUCUUAGAAUCUGUGGCAGCUUUAGGUAUUUUGUGUACAAUAAUCCUAACAUUAAUAUGUAUAGCCCUUUCUGCUUCUGUUUCUCAAGAUGAACGCAAAGGUGCUUUAGCCCUAAAUUUUCUUUUUCUUACUGGAGUUUUUGGGUUAUUUUGUUUAGUGUUUGCCUUUAUCAUCGCACCUAAUUCCACAGUCUGCAUAAUCCGCAGAUUUUUGUUUGGCGUGUUAUUUGCCAAAUGUUUUGCUUGCCUCGUGGCAAAUUCAGUAAGGCUCAACUACCUAGUGCUUCAGAAUCGUGGCCCCGGAGGUUGCUUAGUGUUUCUGCUGGCUAUUGGACUUUUCUUGGUAGAGACCGUGAUAAAUGUGGAAUGGCUUCUCAUUACCAAUGUACGACAAACUCUCCAAAAUACUGAUCAUCCAUGUAACAUUAUGAACCAGGACUUUGUGACUGCAUUAGUUUAUGUUAUGUUCCUGAUAGUGGCAUCAAUGGUGAUCCCUUGUUCUGUGCUCCGUGGACACUAUUUACAAUGGAGGCGUCAUGGAAAACACAUUGUAUCUACUGCAUUUCUGUCUCUUCUCAUCUGGGUGGCCUGGAUUGUGAUGUAUCUGUAUGGCAAUGAGAAGUUAGGCCACAAAUCUUGGGAUGAUCCAGUUUUGGCCAUAGCUCUGGCAGCAAACGCCUGGGUGUUCAUCUUGUUCUAUGCCAUCCCACAGCUUGCAGAGAUGACAAGGUCUGGAUACAAGUAUGAAGGAGACAGCCUGAACAUCUUGAAUCGACAUUCUGAGGAGCCAUCCUCUAUUGUAAUGGAGAACCGGGCAUUCUCUAUGGAUAACCUGGAUAUAGCUGAGCCAGACAGCUCUAGAAGAGAACAAAGUAAGCAAUAUAUUAGAAUCAAGUAA